AUGAUGGCUUGGCCUAACGGGGGAAAGAUUGGAAAGAUUAGAAACACCAUCGGCGAACCAUUUUCAGCAAAGGAGGAGAAAGACUCCCGUGCCACCCAACCACCCCUGAGCGGAUCAACCGAGAUCCAAGCUCAUCGAUUUGCUCCGCUAGUUAGUGCCACUACCGGCCCCGGAUCGACUGGGCCAGAGGACGUUAAGCGUCAAUACGGCGUGAGUUAUGUACUAGACCAGGGUCGGCAGUAG